UGAUAUUCUUUAUAAAUCAUAGAUCUCUCAUAACUUGUCGAUAUGAGUAUGAGAUUUGAAUAAAACACUGUUACCUAAUUAAUCAAUACAUGAAUUUUUUUUCUAUCAAAGAAAGACAUGACAUAAUAAUAGUAAAACAGUUGUUUAAUUGGUUUUCGAUGCAAAUUCGCUCAUUCAAAAGGUAUGGCUAAAUUGCAAGUUUGGUCACUCGAAUUGCAACAAAAUUUCACGUUUGGUCACUCGAAUUCGUUUAUUCCAUUCGUAGCAAUUCGAGUAAGCAAUUAGUGAUCCCUAUGUGUUGGAAGCCCUGGGCUUGCGGGAUUGUAUACUUGAUUGCUGCAGACGUGGGCUCCGAUCCAUAUCAUUUUGUGGAGAUGCGAAAUUAAUCAUUGACAAAUGUGUGGCAAGAGAUGCAGCGGACAUCAAGAUUGUUGCCCUGUUGCAGGAGAUAUUUUUACUCUUGGAUGGGAUGGAUGUGGUUGAUAUUCAGUUCAUUGGUAGAAUUCAUAACAGAGCGGCUCAUUGUGUAGCCCGUCAUGCUCUGCUUUUGUCGCCUCAAUUGUUUGCGAGGUUCGACUUCUGUUCUUGGCUUCGUUCUAGGGGAAUAUAACCCCUUUAGUCCCCUUGUAUCUAAACGAUUUUCUCUUCUGAAGAGUGAUCUAAUGAAAAAAAAAAAAACCAAACUUGCAAUUUAGCCCAAAAGGUAUAUACGCAGAUCGUCCACAUAUUGGCAUUUGGCAGGCCUCAGCCUGUGUUCCCCAACAUCAUCCCGGCCCAACACGUAAUCAGACCCAAGCUUUCAGGAAGCCCAAUCCAAUCUGUAAUUCACUCCUCAGUCCUCACCCAUCAAAUCCAAUUGCAAAUACCCAAAUGUGGUAGUGGUGCUGACUACUGUGUUCGUCUCCUUUACGAGCUUUCCUUUUCAAAUAUUAAAGAACUGUCCACAAAAGCUUUGCAUCUUGGUUCUUAACUUCUUAUUACUUUACCCAGUCAAUGAGUUUAACCAUUUUUUCCCCUGUAAAAUAAUCUAAAAGUUGGUUUCAAUUUAGUAAUUUAAACCUACCUUUUCCCUUUCCUCAUAGGAAAUUUUGGCGCUGACCCACAAAAAGAAGAAGAACAAGAAAAAAAAAAUAGUUUCUGCCGCUGCCGUCCAAAUGCCGCUUUCUCCAAGACUGCUCUGUUUCUCCGUCUCGAAUCACUCCCCGUCACCCGACCACCGCCUCUACCGUACGUGUACUGCAAUGGGCGACUACUAGAACGACGGCGUCAGCAGCUCCGGCUACCUCAACACAAAUUUAAAAUAGUAUAGGUGUAAAAAAAAAAAAAGGGAGUAGCGUCCCUUUCCCUUCCAGUACUCAGAAAUUUCUUCCGCCAUUGCCAGGGGAGAAAAGAACAGUAGUGCAAAGGCAAAGCAGCGCUACUUCUCGUGAUUAGCAUUUCCUCCUACCAAAAUCUUUUACUGCAACCCUUUUUCUCUCUCUCUCUCUCUCUCUCUUCAUUCACUCUCCUCCUUCCUUCUCUCGUGCCCCCCCGCUCCGAACCCUAACCUUUUUACCCCAGCAACGCGUUGUUGUAGGCUUGUAGCAUCUCCCCUCCCUCUCCUUUUGCCGUCUCUGUUCUCUGAUUGAGUUGCUCUCGAUCUCUGUGGCUUUCUGAUCGUCGAUCAGUCUUCUGGUAAUUUGUCGUCCCCCCCUGAUUCUGUUUACUCUCUGUUUGCUGCCACUGUUGCUGGUUGCUUUUUCCCCGGAGCUUCUGUCUAUUUGAAAAUGGGCUUUGGAGGCUUUUUGUUGGGUCACUGCUACUUGUUUUCCUUCUUCUGAAUUCUGAUGAUUCAUUUGCUUUUCUGGUUUUGAGAAUUCGGAGCUUCCUUUUGGUGUCUGCUUUCUUAGAGUUUAGCUUUAUUGAGUUUAUGUGUUAUUUGGAAUUUCAGUUUGGUCCCCUUCCGCUGAUGAUCAUAGGCUCGGAUAUCGGAAUUGGGAACCAAUUGUUCUAAAAUUUGGUCUUUUUUAGGGCUACAGGAUAGUGAAGCUUCUGAAUUUUGUCCAAGAUGGUAGGAAAUUAAUUGAGAGAUCGAUUCUGGGAGUACAAGGGUUUAUCUACAUUUGGAAUGACGGUCUUAGAUACUGAUAGAUUUAGUUUGGUAGAUAACUUUUUAUGUCCUACCUUUGUGUACCACCACCAUGAAUGAUCUAAAGACAGUGGACCAGCUGAAGCAACUAACACUUUAUAAAUUCAGUUGCUACCCGGUUUUUUUACUGUCUAAAGGACUAUAGUUUCUUUUUUUUUUCUGUUGUCGAUUUAAGUUUGUGAAAUGGAUGAAGGCGUGUGCUUAGCUUAUCUGAAGCUUUGCUGUUCAUGGCAGGGAUUGGGUGCUUCAGUUUCAAGUGAAUGAAGUGUUCUCUCCUUUGUGGUUUAAGAUCAAGUGAUUAACGAGACAUUUGAAGGAAGUAUGACUUCGUCAUUGGUUACCAUCUUAGGUUGUCUUCAAGCUGCUUCUUUGGAGAUUGGGUAAUUUGAUUUUUGCUGAACCCACCAGCCCCUUUGUAGCAUCUGAUGAAUCCGCUCAAGAUGGAUCGAUUAUCAAGCACUUCGGAGAUUGUGGAAUCAACACCAGAAUUAAGUCUUGAAGUUAAGAUGGGUGAGAAAGGUGGAAACAGUUCCAUUCCGACUUCCAACAAGUACUCGAUAGAAGAUGACAUAAAUCGUCUUUUUGAAGCAAUAGACAUACGAAGGACUAAAGGUUCAUCCCAUGAAGGUGGCAGUGGCAGAGAUGCUCUGCUGAAGAAAGCCAUGAAGAGACCCAUGAGAGUGGGUUCACCUCAAGCAUCCGGGAUUGGCAUCUCAGAGUCGGUGAGUUUGAAGCAGGCUUUGCGGGGACUAUGCAUAUCUCAAGCAUCAGAGAUGGCUGCUAUGAAGCGAUUGUCGAGGCCAACAGGUUCAGCUAGGGCUUCAGAGGCAGGAUCCAGUAAAAUGUUAUACAGGACUGUAGUAGUUGAGGCUAAUGAUUCAUCUGGUCUUACUCCUAGCAAAGGUGAUGGAAAGGUGGUGGAAGUCUCUCUUGUACCUGAAACAGUCACAUCAAGCUGUUCUCAGAAUAUAGUUGAACUAUCACAGAUUGAUAAGGCAGGGUCAUCUGAUCAAAGUGCUGAUUCUUCCAAGUGCCAGAUAGCUCCAACAGGCUUUGUUAGUGAAGUGUCGAAGCUGGAAAUUGAAAGCCCUAGUGCUGUAGAUUCUUCAUCUUGUAAUGAGCAAACCCCAAACGUGGAUGACACUACUGUUUUAGACUCAAUCCAAGGUUCAGGAGAACAGUCUAAUGCUUUGCCUUCACAUUCAGGUUCAAGUAAUGGUAUAACAGGAAUCUCUCCUGUUUGCAAUACUACGAGAUUUAUAAAGCCAAUCUUCAGGAACAGGAGCUUUAUGAAGAAGAAAGGAAAGAAAGAUUCUGAAUUUGCUUCCAGUAGUUCCAAUUCACGUGACAUCAAGGUAGGUGACGAUAUGGAUCCUAGCCUUGGUAGUGCAAUGGAAUACGGUGAUAGAGCUUCCCCAGCAUCCAGUGGUAGCACCAGUAAUAGUAUUGAGUCCAGCUUCAGCACCGUGGACACGAGUGCAAGUAAAAUGGGAUGCAACAGCUCUGGUUGUGGAGACAGAUCUAUUUCCAAACUGACAAAAAUUGACGAGAGAUCCAUAUCAAGAGAAAAGGGUGAAUCUUUUUCCCAGAAUUCAAAGAGUAGUAGCAUUGGUGAAUAUAGUAGUAGUAGCACAAGUAUGAGUGUAGAUAGCAGCCUUAGCGGUUCGUCCUGUCAUAGUGGUUACAGACCUCAUAUGUCCAAGGACUUGAGAUGGGAAGCCAUUCAACAGAUUCAAAGGCAGGAUGGAGUUUUAGCUUUGAGGCAUUUUAAAUUAAUCAAGAAACUUGGUGGAGGGGAUAUUGGAUCUGUUUAUUUGGCUGAACUUUCUGGUACUGAUUCCCGAUUCGCUCUCAAAGUAAUGGACAAUGAAUUUUUAGCGGGCAAGAAAAAAAUGCUGAGGGCCCAAACUGAGAGAGAGAUUCUGCAGAUGCUGGAUCAUCCGUUUCUUCCGACAUUGUACGCUCACUUUUUAUCAGAAAAGUUAUCUUGCUUGGUUAUGGAGUACUGCCCUGGUGGAGAUCUCCAUGUACUUCGGCAGAAGCAACCCGACAGAUGUUUCUCUGAACACGCAACAAGGUUCUUCGUUGCCGAAGUACUCCUGGCCCUGGAGUACCUGCACAUGCUCGGCGUAGUAUAUAGAGAUCUCAAACCAGAAAACGUUCUAGUAAGAGAAGACGGCCAUAUAAUGCUCUCUGAUUUCGAUCUCUCGCUGAGGUGUGCUGUCAACCCAGUCUUACUACAAUCCACAUCUCCAGAUAUCGAUCCCCCAAAGAGGACAUCAACAAGCCCAUCAUGCUCUGAAUCAAGCUGCAUUGACCCUUUCUGUCUCCGCCCAUCCUGGCAAAUGUCCUGCUUCACACCUCGUCUUCUCUCGGUCGCUGCUACAAGAUCCCGGAAGUCGUUGAAAUCAGACCUCAGCUCUCAUCAGGUUACCCCACUGCCUCAGCUGGUGGUGGAGCCCACGAGCGCACGUUCAAACUCCUUCGUCGGGACCCACGAGUACCUCGCUCCGGAGAUCAUCAAAUCCGAAGGUCAUGGCAGUGCUGUGGACUGGUGGACGUUCGGGAUCUUCCUCUUCGAGCUGUUGUAUGGCAGGACUCCUUUCAAAGGAUCGGGAAAUGAGGAGACGCUGUCGAAUGUGGUGUCGAGAAGCCUCAAGUUUCCACGUGGGCCAGUGGUCGGUUUUCAUGCACGGGACUUGAUCAGGGGACUUCUGGUGAAAGACCCCGAGAAUCGACUUGGUUCAGCUAGAGGUGCUGCGGAGAUCAAACAGCAUCCUUUCUUUGAAGGCCUGAACUGGGCUCUCAUUCGUUGUGCUAUACCUCCAGAGAUUCAGGGUUACUCUGAUGGUCGAACUAGUAGCAGUAAGUGUAAGGGUGCAGAAGAGAAUGGCGAGUUUGAUAUGUUCUAGCUGUUAUCCGCGGAAUGACUUGCCUUUUUCAGAUGCUUGACCGUAACAGGUAUAUGUACAUUUUUCUUUCCUUUACCUAUACCUCCAAAUAUAUGGAUGUAAUAUAGUGUAAAUGUAGUUCCAGAACUUGGAUGUGUACAAGUUCCACACGAGUUUAGGUUUCGAGAGAGGAGGUUUACACAAGGGAAACGCAGUGCGAGUCUGUGACUGUGAUUGCUGAUGUUUGUUUGGAGAUGAGUUAUAUUCUGGUUUUCCUUGUAGGCUCCUCAGUGUAAACUUCUGCUUCAUAUUAGUAAUGGAUUUACCUCUUUUUCUUCUUCCUGAGUUCUCAGUGUGUAAUGUGAGGUUAAAGUACAGGCUGAAGAGCUGAAAUCGCUGGUAUAAACAGUUAAAAGUGAA